UGGUUUUUUGUUGUCAUUUUAUUUUGUUAAGCAGUAUAAGUUUAUUUAUAAACGUGUUUUUUUAUUUAAUAAAAUUUUAUUUAAUAUUUUUUAACUAAAAUGGCUAGUGUGGACAAGAAUACGAAUAAUCCGUUGAAAAAUAAAAUAUCCAAAGAACUACGAGCCAAGGCAAAUGAUUUCUUAAAUAACAAAGCUAAAGCCAACAACCUGGUGGAUAUAAUGCAAUGUUUGCAGAAAAACAUAGAGGAAAAACAAAGCUUAACACCGGCUCUUCUUACACUAGAGGUUGUUUUCACAGAACUCUUGAGAAGAAGAGAUUUAUUGCACGAUAAAGAUAUUGUCUCAGAAACUCCCUCCGAAGCUGAAACAAAAUAUCGUAAUUGGCUAAAUGAACGUUAUGAAGAAACCUGGUGUCUUAUGUUAAACGCUAUAGAUUAUGAAAAAACUUCAGAUGCUUCACAAGCUUUAGUUUCCUGUAUGAAAAUUUUAACCGCCGAAGGUAAAUAUCCUCUACAAUCUACGGAGCCUCUCAAAUUUCCACGACUACGUUUACGUCGCAUUUUGGAAAAACUUAUCAGUGCACAGCGUCUACAAACUGCCGCCAUACAAAGUUUUAAAGAGUAUGCUGAGUACUUGGAUGUGGUACAGAAUUGUUGGCAUCUUCUGCCAAAUCUUAUAAAAAAGCCCUCAGUUAAAAAUGAAACUUUAGCCUUAAAUUAUUUAGAACUUAUUCAGGCCAUACCGUUGACAGAUAGUUUGCAGGAACAGCAAAAACUUUUGUGUCCUUUAGCAGAAAGUGCUCCCGGUUCAGAGUUGUUUGAGUAUAAUAGCACCCGCAGAUGUAUAAAUAAAGUAUGGAACAAUCUAAUGCUUUGGCUGGAUACAGACACCACCGAAAGUGUUCACAAACAAAUGUUAAUUGUUUUGCUGGAACGUAUUUUGACUCAUUUGGAGAAACCGGUUUUGCUUACAGAUUUCCUUAUGGAUUCUUUGGAUUGUGGUGGCGCCAUUUCUUUGUUAGCUCUCCAGGGUGUUUUCACUUUGAUUCAAAAGCACAAUAUAACUUAUCCCAAUAUUUAUGAGAAGCUUUACAGCAUGUUCGAGCCCGAAAUCUUUCAUACAAAGUUUAAAGCUCGUCUUUUCUAUUUGGCUGACAUUUUCCUUAGCUCGACUCAUUUACCCGAGAAUUUAGUGGCCGCUUUUGUUAAGCGUUUGGCACGUUUGAGUUUAAUAGCACCUCCCCAGGAUGCCAUUAUUAUAUUGUAUUUUAUUGGAAAUUUAAUUUUAAGACAUAACGGUCUUAAGUCGCUAAUAUGUGCCCAGCAGGCGCAAGAAGUUACCGAUGAUCCCUUCAUAAUGGAAGAACGUGAACCCACCAAAUCGAAUGCCAUCAAAAGUUCACUUUGGGAAAUCGUAGCUCUACAAAAGCAUGCCAUACCCUCAGUAGCUACAGCCGCCCGUUUCAUUUCACAACCCCUACCCAAGAACGAAUGGGAUUUGUCGUCGGUUUUGGAAGUUAAAGAAGAUGAUAUCUUUGAUCAAGAAAUUACCAAGAAAACCAAACAAUACGCAUUGGCCUUUGAACGUCCACAAACCAUGUUUCUGCCCAAAAACGACAAAGUACAACAACACUGGUGUCUGCUGUAGCUAAGAGAUUUUUAAUUAAUAAAUCCAAAAUGAAAAACACAACAAAUUGUUUUUAAAUUUUAUCAUUUUUAUUUAAAGUAAAGUCUACAACUACACUUGCUUUA